AUGAGCAAUCCUCAAAUAUUUCUACGCUUUUUACUCUUGAUUGUGGCCACUACUGCAGUUGUAAAUGCCGAUUCUUUCACCUGGAAUAAGGGGCGGUCGCUAAAAGAUCAAGAUCGUUAUUUGGAUGGGCGAAUUCCUUGCGAGGACGACAAUAUCUUGGUGGAGACUGGAGAUGACCCAACUGUGUUGCUCUUGGACGAUGAUCUCGAUGUAAGAAAAUGGAAUUAGUGUGUAAAGAACAAAUAUCAGUCUGCCGGGAAAAUAAUGAGCAAGUUUUCGCAGUCUCGUCGUUGAAGUGAAAAGCAAUUUGAUUUUGACGCGGCACAGUUCAUUUUCUUGGCAGCGAUGUUAUUUUUUAUGAAACAGAGAGUGCUCAGUAUUUUCCCGGCAGGCUAAUAUUUGACUUGAUUGGCGGGGAUUUUAGUUUUUCCUAAAAUUUGGGUACUUCGGGUGUACCGUAUUGAGUUUCCUGAUAAUUAAGGACAUGUUUGAUUCAAUCUAUCCUAAAUAUACUACAUCGAAUUGAAAGGAGUAAAAGUUUGUUAGUUAUGUAUAUCAGUCUGUCGGGAAAAUAAUGUGGAUUUGUCGUAGAACAAUGUCUUGCCUCGUCGCAGUCGCGCAACAAAUUCCGAGCUAGCCGUCGCAAAGCGAUAAUGGACGAUUCCAAAGCGCGACAAAUCCACAUUAUUUUCCCGACAGACAGAUAGAAGGCGCGAAUAGUUACACGAAGGUGCAUUUUGACCGAAAAUUGUUUCUCGGACUUCUGAAAUUUCUUGUUAUAUUAGUCUGUCGGGAAAAUAAUCAGUCGCAUUCAAAAUCGCAUCGCCGCCGAAAAAAUGAAUUGUGUCGCGAUAAAAUCUAAUUGCUUUUCAUUUCAGCGACGCCAUAGCGCUCAUUAUUUUUCCGACGGGCCGAUCUAUUAGGUUGAUGCAAAAGGAAUUGCGGAUUUUUUAAUUUAUUCGUAUUUUUUCAUAGGAUAGCUCAAUUCAAAAAUGGAAAAAGGUAUAUAGUAGUAAAUUUUAAGAGGAUCUUUUCUGUAUAUGUGCUAUUCUUAUAAAAGUUAUCAAACGUUACCAUAAGUUACCACGAAAGUACCCUAAACAUGUUAGUAUAUUUUAAACCAAUUUUUUACAUAUUGUUUUGCGGCUUUAUCCAUUUUCGAAAAUAUUUUGAUAAAAUACGUUAUAUUCUAUCAAAAAACAAAAAAAACCCCAUUUUUGGCAAAGCGUUAAAACGCUAUCCCAAAAAUUCAAAUUUCAGCAAAUUUUACAAAUCAUGUCAUAUCUUUUUUUUUAAUAAGUCCAAAAUAAAAAAUUCUUUUUGAUUUCGAUUAGUAACAACAUUUUUAAGAUUUUUGUGACAAAAAACAUCAAAAUCAAAAAAAUUUAUUUUUUGACAUUUUUUGACCAAAAAAUAAAAUUCAAGAUUUUGAUGCCUUUUUUUCACGAAAGCCUUAAAAAUGUUGUUACUAAUCGAAAGCAAAAAGAAUUUUUUAUUUUGGACUUAUUUAAAAAAAGAUAUGACACGAUUUGUAAAAUUUGCUGAAAUUUGAAUUUUUGGGAUAGCGUUUUAACGCUUUGCCAAAAAUGGGGUUUUUUUGUUUUUUGAUAGAAUAUAACGUAUUUUAUCAAAAUAUUUUCGAAAAUGGAUAAAGCCGCAAAACAAUAUGUAAAAAAAUUGGUUUAAAAUAUACUAACAUGUUUAGGGUACUUUCGUGGUAACUUAUGGUAACGUUUGAUAACUUUUAUAAGAAUAGCACAUAUACAGAAAAAUCCUCUUAAAAUUUACUACUAUAUACCUUUUUCCAUUUUUGAAUUGAGCUAUCCUAUGAAAAAAUACGAAUAAAUUAAAAAAUCCGCAAUUCCUUUUGCAUCAACCUAAUAGUUGUACAGAAAUUCAUAGCCCAGAAAAUUUUAAAUUUUAAAAUACGACCACUCCUCAAAUACUUUCUAUUCCAGGCCAGUUCCAUCUAUUUCCAAGAAAAUGGAGUCAUUUAUUUUGGCUCCAAAGCCUCCAUUGGAGACAAAAAAGGGUCUUGGCAAUGCGACAAGAAUUAUGGAGUUGAAGAUGCGAUUGUAAAGAAAGAGCCGGCUCCGGCAUUCUUUGAUUACCGCAAUUGGAGACAGAUCGAUUUAUUGGGAAGGCCGGUGAGGCAUCCGAAAAUCCAUGCGGAAAGAGUGCCAAGUUCGGAUGUAAGUUCGCGAUUUCUUGCCUUUUUGGCCUCUUUUUCUACAGUGGCGGAGGGACCAAAAAAUUUAUUGGUUAUACUUAUCCGUCUGUCGGGAAAAUAAUGAGCACAAUAUUUUCCCGCCAAUUGUGUCGCUGAAGUGAAAACCAAUUUGAUUUUGCCGCGACACAAUUAAUUUUCUCGGCGGCGAUUUUCCAAGCGACAGGAUGCUCAUUAUUUUCCCGACAUACUGAUAUUAUGCAUGAAAAAUUUUUUUAUUGCAUAGUAAUUCCUUUCAGGACACAGCCAUCUUCCCGUCCACCAAAAUCUCUCCAGUCACGGUGGGGAAUCAAGUGCGUUUGAGCAAGCUCUUCUAUGCCGGUCGGGUCAGUUUGUAUUUCCCAAUUUUUCGUUUUCACUGCGUUCGAAAAUUCAAUUUCCAAAAAUUUACUUCAAUUUAUUAA